AUGGCCGAUCCAAGGAAUAUAUUGAACGUAAGUGGCAACAUGCAAGGUAAAGAACAAAGCUCCCAUAUUGAUGGGGACCAUAGAAUGUGGUACCUCGCCAUCAUGGCAUCAUCCACUUGCCUACUUUUCUCUCUCCAGAGUGUCCAGGUUCAAAGACAACGCAGAGCUGGACAUGCUAGUAUUGGCACUGUGGAGGCACUGAAAGAUCAAGGGUUCUGCAGAUGGAAUUGCGCAAUGAGGUUGCUACAAAAGCAUGGCAAGUCCAAUGUCAGGUCGUAUUCUCAAGCUGAGAGACUCUCGACACCCUCAUCGACAGCAAUUUCUAGUAAGAUCAUGAGAGAAAAGAAAGUGAAGCAAUCAGAGGAAUCACUGAGAAAUGUUAUGUAUUUGAGCUGUUGGGGUCCUAACUCAUGA